AUGUUCGACAAGACCAUAACCUCUACUGCAACAUGUCUUUGCCAGACCGGAGACGAGUUACGUAUUAUUUUGACCCGGAAGUGGGAGGAUAUACUUACGAUGCACCUCAGAAAGGGGAGGGCAGACACUGCAUGAAACCACACCGCAUAUUCAUAACGCAUCACUUGGUUCGCGCAUACAACAUGCUUGACAAAAUGCAUGUCUUGCGCGCCAAGCGCGCUACCCCAGAAGACAUGACUCGGUUCCACACGGACGAAUGCGUGAAUUUCUUGCAACGCGAUACACCGGAGACCGCUGAGGAUUUAACUUAUAAGUAUACCAGAUCGCAGACGGUGAUAACCCCGCUUUCGAGGGCUUAUGUAUUCGAGUUCUGCUCGAUAGCCGCCGGAGGCUCAUUAGCGGCUGCACGCGCAAUCUCUUCCGGCGCCGCCGACAUCGCCAUCAACUGGGCGGGUGGUCUGCACCACGCAAAGAAACGCGAGGCGUCCGGGUUCUGCUACAUCAACGACAUCAACCUUGCCAUCCUCGAGCUCGCACAUACCCCCGCAUCCUCUACAUUGACAUCGACUACCACCACGGCGACUUCUUCCCGGGGAAUCACGGAUGAAGCGUACAAGAGUCUCUUGGAGCCUAUCAUCAGCAAAAUACUCGAAGUCUUCCGGCCCUCCGCAGUGAUACUCCAAUGUGACGCAGAUUCCCUGGCCGGCGACAAGCUCGGCGAACUCAACCUGAGCAUGCACGGGCACGCCGCCUGCGUGCAGUUCCUCCGCAAGCAGAACGUCCCGCUGAUGCUCCUUGGUGGCGGCGGAUACACCGCGAAGAACGUCGUGCGGACGUGGUGCUACCAGACCGCCUGCGCGCUCGCCAUCGAAGACACCAUCGACCCCAUGUUGCCGUACAACGCGUACUUCGAGUGAUUCGGCCCGUGGUACCGGCCCGAGGUCCCGGGGACCAACCGGGAGGAUUAUAAUCUGAGGGACGGAUAUGUUCACGAGAUAAGACAGAUUGUGCUGCAACAGUUCUCUCAAUUGCAGCCUGCACCUUCGGUCGGCAUACACGACGUCCCCAGCGAGAGUGUGGGGGAGCACCUAGGCUGGCGGAUGGCAGAAAGCGAACCACGGGACGAACUAGACAAGGACUUGGCCCAACAUGCACGGCUUGUCUACAAGAUCCGAGAGGCCACUAGGAUGAGACAGACGACACCGAUCUGGAUUCGCUGAGCCGGCGCAUGCCCCGGCGCGCGCCCGGCAAGCGCAUGAGCAUCGUCACGAACAAGGCGCUGGACACCCCGUAGUUGCACGACUUUCGAGCGCGGGCAUGAGGCCUACUGCGGGCACGUCGGAAAGCGCACGAGACGAUUCUUUGAGUGGGACGAUAGUUGGCGGGGGCC